GCCCGGCUCCGGGCGGGGACCGGGGGGCUGGGGCAGGCCGGCUCCCCCUGGGGUUCCCCAGCUUCAGAGGUAGCCAAGCGUCAGGUGCGGCAAAAGCCGAGUAGCGGCGGAAGCUCCCAGCCGUCUGGGGCAGGCCGAGGCGGUGAAGAGUGAAGAGACUGCAACCCGGGCGCUCGGCUGGGGUGGCCCUUGCUCAGUCAGUCCUUCCUCGGGCUGGCCCCUAGGCCAGAGCUCGGGCCUGGUGGACAGACAUCCCCGCGACCCGCCCAGCGCGAACUCUUCCCCUCUGCGGGGCGCGCCCGAGUCGCUCCCGGUUGGCUGCGCGAGGCCGGAGUUAAACUUUCAGCCAAUGAAAAAGGGCACGGGGCGUGACGCACGGAAACGUCACGGGAAUUCCCCCCUCCGGGGGGCCGGAAAGGGGCUUUCCCGGCUGCAGCCCGGGUGGCUGGAGAGGUGUCACGAUCCGUCCGAGGCGGGUCGGGCGCGGGGAUAAGCCGGAACCAGAGCCGCCGCCACGGUGAGUGGCCGGGUUCAGACCCCCGGGUGGCCAGGACACGGAGAAGGGCGGGAAGAAGGCCUGUAACUGACCGAGCCCCUGGGCUGGAGAGCCGCGGAUGCACACACCCAGGCGGGCGCCUAAAACUCUGGAAGCAGCACCCGGCCGGAGCCACCAGAGCCGGGCCUAGCCCAGAGACAUGGAGAGUUUCUACAACCCAGGUCUGGAUGGCAUCAUUGAAUAUGAUGAUUUCAAAUUCAACCCCUCCAUUGUGGAGCCCAAGGAGCCGGCCCCAGAGACACCUGAUGGCCCCUACCUGGUGAUUGUGGAACAGCCUAAGCAGCGAGGCUUCCGAUUUCGAUAUGGCUGUGAAGGUCCCUCCCAUGGAGGACUGCCAGGUGCCUCCAGCGAGAAAGGCCGGAAGACUUAUCCCACUGUCAAGAUCUGUAACUACGAGGGACCGGCCAAGAUCGAGGUGGACCUGGUAACGCACAGUGACCCACCUCGUGCUCAUGCCCACAGCCUGGUGGGCAAGCAAUGCUCCGAGCUGGGGGUCUGCGCUGUGUCUGUGGGGCCCAAGGACAUGACUGCCCAAUUUAACAACUUGGGUGUUCUGCAUGUGACCAAGAAGAACAUGAUGGAGAUUAUGAUACAAAAACUUCAGAGGCAGAGACUCCGCUCCAGGCCCCAGGGCCUUACAGAGGCUGAGCGGCGAGAGCUGGAACAGGAGGCCAAGGAGCUGAAGAAGGUGAUGGAUCUGAGUAUUGUGCGGCUACGCUUCUCUGCCUUCCUUAGAGCCAGCGAUGGCUCCUUCUCCCUGGCCCUGAAGCCAGUUAUCUCCCAGCCCAUCCAUGACAGCAAGUCUCCGGGGGCCUCAAACCUGAAGAUUUCUCGAAUGGACAAGACAGCAGGCUCUGUGCGGGGUGGAGAUGAAGUUUAUCUGCUUUGUGACAAGGUGCAGAAAGAUGACAUUGAAGUUCGGUUCUAUGAGGAUGAUGAGAAUGGAUGGCAAGCCUUUGGGGACUUCUCUCCUACAGAUGUUCAUAAACAGUAUGCCAUUGUGUUCCGGACACCCCCCUAUCACAAGAUGAAGAUUGAGCGGCCUGUAACCGUGUUCCUGCAACUGAAACGAAAGCGUGGGGGGGAUGUGUCUGACUCCAAACAGUUCACCUAUUACCCUCUGGUGGAAGACAAGGAGGAGGUGCAGCGGAAGCGGAGGAAGGCCUUGCCCACCUUCUCCCAGCCCUUCGGGGGUGGCUCCCACAUGGGUGGAGGCUCUGGGGGCUCGGCUGGGGGUUAUGGAGGAGCUGGAGGAGGAGCCCUGCCUGUACCCACAGGUGGCAGCCUCGGCUUUUUCCACUCCUCCUUGGCUUACAGCCCCUACCAGUCGGGCGCGGCCCCCAUGGGCUGCUACCCUGGAGGUGGGGGCGGGGCGCAGAUGGCCGCCACGGCGCCCGGCGCGGACGCUGUGAAGGAAGCAGCAGAGCCGGGUGCGCCUCCUGUGACCGCCCAGGGCGAACCGCAGGCCCCGGAGAUGUUGCAGCGAGCCCGGGAGUACAACGCGCGCCUGUUCUGCCUGGCGCGGCGCAGCGCCCGAGCCCUGCUGGACUACGGCGUCACGGCGGACGCGCGCGCGCUGCUGGCAGGACAGCGCCACCUGCUGACAGCGCAGGAUGAGAACGGAGACACGCCGCUGCACCUGGCCAUCAUUCAUGGGCAGACCAGUGUCAUUGAGCAGAUAGUCCAUGUCAUCUACCAUGCCCAGCACCUCGGCAUUGUCAACCUCACCAACCAUCUGCAUCAGACACCCCUGCACCUGGCAGUGAUCACAGGGCAGACGAGGGUGGUGAGCUUCCUGCUGCAGGUGGGUGCAGACCCAGCUCUGCUGGAUCGGCAUGGAGACUCAGCUGUGCACCUAGCACUGCGGGCAGGUGCCGAUGCCCCCAACCUGCUGCGCGCUCUGCUGCGGAGUGGAGCCCCCACCGCACCCCAGCUGUUACAGCUGUUACACAUGCCUGACUUUGAAGGGCUGUACCCAAUACACCUGGCAGUCCGUGCUCGAAGCCCUGAGUGCCUGGAUCUGCUGGUGGACAGUGGGGCUGAAGUGGAGGUGGCAGAGCGACAGGGGGGCCGAACAGCCUUGCAUCUAGCCACAGAGAUGGAGGAGCUGGGGCUGGUCACCCAUCUGGUCACCAAGCUCCAAGCCAAUGUGAACGCUCGUACCUUUUCGGGAAACACACCCCUACACCUGGCAGCCGGGCUGGGAUCCCCUACCCUCACCCGCCUCCUUCUAAAGGCUGGUGCUGACAUCUAUGCAGAGAACGAGGAGCCCCUGUGUCCCUUACCCUCGCCCCCUACCUCUGAUAGCGACUCGGACUAUGAGGGGCCUGAGAGGGACCCUCAAAGCAGCUUCCGGGGCCACACGCCUCUUGACCUCACUCGCAGCACCAAGGUGAAGACCUUGCUGCUCAAUGCCACGCAGAACACCCUGGCACCUCCUCUGACGCCGCCUAGCCCGGCAGGGCCAGGGCUGUCACUUGGUGAUACAGCCCUGCAGAACCUGGAGCAGCUGCUAGAUGGGCCAGAAGCACAGGGCAGCUGGGCAGAGCUGGCAGAGCGGCUGGGGCUGCGCAGUCUGGUGGACACGUACCGAAAGACGGCCUCGCCCAGCGGCAGUCUCCUGCGCAGUUACGAGCUGGCUGGUGGGGACCUGGGGGGUCUGCUGGACGCUCUGUCCGACAUGGGCCUAGAGGAGGGAGUAAGGCUGCUGAGGGGCCCCGAGACCCGGGAUAAGCUGCCCAGCACAGAGGUGAAGGAAGACAGUGCUUAUGGGAGCCAGUCGGUGGAACAGGAGGCAGAGAAGCUGGGCCCACUCCCUGAGCCACCAGGAGGGCUCUGCCAUGGGCACCCCCAGCCUCAGGUGCACUGAAGUGUCGCCCAUGCACCAGCCCCCUUCUGGACCCUCUGUACAGCACCCCCACCUCUUCCAAAUCUUAUUUAACUCCCCAUGCCCACCCCUCAGUUCAGGCAAAUAAAGGAUUCUCAAGGGAAGGGGAGGGUCCCCUUCCCAACUUAUGGU